GCUAAACAACACAACGCUCACAGUCAGCGAACGCUGUCACUGACAUUUGCUUGCCAUUCAAAGUCUUGGCCAAGUUUUAAAGCUUUGAGUCGUUCUUUUGUAUUCGAGGUGUUCGGUAGACGUUAAACGGAACGGUACGAUACGCUACGAUACAGUGUGAAUUAAAUCAGUUUUGAUUUUGAUUUGAAUUAAAUUCGAAUACGGGAGAUACAAAAGCAAAAAAACAAACAAUUACUAAACGCAAAACGCAGAAUAUACGAAGAGUGAAAUUGAUAUUAAUUUGCUCAAUGAUAAUUACUGACGGUAGUAAUUAACCAAUUAAAUCACUGCGUAUUGAUUUAAUUAUUGCAAGCGAAUAAAAAAAUUGCAUAACUCGAAUCACAAAAUUGAAAAAAUUUUUUUUACUAGAUUAACAACUUAUUCCAACGGAAGUAGGAAAAAGGAGGCUGGUCCUAAAUGUUCCUAACAUAAACAAUAAAACAACAACCUAAAUAAUAAACCCCCACACCCAACCCCAAAGGGAUAAUUUAUUAAAAAAAAAGCCCGCCAAUAUGGGUAUACCAAUGGAAAUGACAAACAACGACAAAAGAGCAGAUGGCAAUGAAACUCAAGAUGUGGAAGCCACAACUAAAACGAGACACAAGACAAGUGUCUUUGAGGCCGCCGUGCAUUUAUUUAAGGGCAGUGUGGGAGCUGGUCUCUUUGCCAUGGGUGAUUGCUAUAAAAAUGGUGGCAUUAUUGGCUCCAGCAUUCUAUUGCCCAUCAUUGCUGUUGUUUGUGUGCAUUGUGAACAAAUGCUGAUUAGAGGCUCCAUAUUGGCUGUGGAAAAAAGUAAAACGGCCACAUUUUAUGAUUAUCCCGAUACCAUAGAGAAAUGUUUUGAAGCUGGCCCAAAACCAUUUAGACGCCUUUCGAAGAUUAUGAAACUGGUGGUGGAAAUGUUUUUGUGCAUCACUCAAUUUGGAUUUUGUUCGAUCUAUUUUGUUUUCAUCACGGAAAAUUUGCAUCAGAUUCUUCACAACUAUGGCAUAGAGAUAAGUUUGAAUCUAACCAUGUUGUGUUGCCUUUUACCAGCCAUGAUACCUUCGUUGAUGACAAACCUAAAAUAUAUCUCACCAGUUUCGGCCUUUGCCAAUUUCGCACUGCUCUUCGGUCUGGUGGCCACAUUGACUUUGGCCUUUUUGGAUGGCCCCAUACCUUCCCCGGCUGAGCGUAACAUGUUUACAACGGGCUCCCAACUAUCGUUGUUCUUUGGCACAGCACUGUUCUCAUACGAAGGCAUAGCUUUGAUUUUACCCAUACGCAACUCGAUGAAGGACCCUGAGAAAUUCGAUAGACGUUUUGGUGUCCUUAACAUCUCAUUGUUUGUCAUAACAAUUCUCUUUAUGUUCACCGGUUUUGUGUCCUACACCAAAUGGGGUGAAGAUGUGGCGGGCAGUAUAACCUUGAAUCUGGAUGCAAGUGAUAAAUUAUCCCAAGUUGUCAAACUUGCUGCGGCCUUGGGUGUCUUCUUUGGCUAUCCCAUACAAUUUUUCGUAAUGAUGAAGAUAAUAUGGCCACCCAUUAAACAGAACAUGGGGUGUGCCCAACAACGUCCCAUUACCGUGCAAGUAUUCUUUCGCUUCAUAAUGGUGUUGUUGACAUUUGGUGUUGCCCUCAUGGUGCCUGAAUUGCACUUAUUCAUCUCGCUCAUUGGUGCUCUGUGCUCCACCUCAUUGGCAUUUAUAUUUCCCGUUUUCAUUGAUUUUGUGGUACGCGCCCAGACUCCCAAGGGUCUGGGCACAUGGGUCUAUUUGAAAAAUAUGGCCAUUUUGAUUAUAGCCCUUUUGGGUGUUGUAAGUGGAACUUAUGAAAGUAUUCGUGAAAUAGUCAAAGCCUUCCAAGAAGAUUGAGUUUGAGGCCGGCCCCCAAGGCAUUUACUAAACACAAUGUGAUGCUAUAUUUAUAUAUAUGUAUAUGUUAAAUAGUGAUAUUUGUAUAAAAUAAUAAUGAUAAUAAUAAUAAUCUAUUGUAUAUAGUUGUUAAGUUUAUUUUACUACCUUUGUUGAAAAGAAAAAAAAAACCAUUCAUUCAUACACGCCUAACAAUUAAGUACAACUAUUACUUCUUUAUGUAUUUUUAACAUUUGUCUAAAGCCAUUCUAUAUUAUGUCUUAAGUUUUGUUUAAAUUUCUUUAAGUUACAUGCAAACAACAACAAAAACAACUACAAAACAACAACCCAUGCAUCUUGCCAUACAAAUGUAAACUCAUAUACCAUAUAUCUACCAUAUUGAACAUUUAUUCCGUAAUUAAAAACAAAUGAAAGAAAACCAAA